UGUCUGUUGAGUGUUGUAUCGUGUACCUAUAAUAUUUAUUGUAUUGUUUAGUGUUUUUAUCUUUAGAUAAAAAUGGCAGAGGCAGAGGCAGAGGCUGCUGUUGAAACGGCGGCGAAUGAUGAAAAUGAUGAUAGUUGGUUAUAUGGUGAAUCAAAUCCUGAACUAAAUGAAGCGACUAACACUACUGAAAAAACACAAACAUCGGAGAUUCCUACCGCUGAAGAAGAGAAUGAAGAUGCUGAAGAAAAAGAAGCUGAUGAGAAUGAGGGAAAUAAUGAGGACUCCCAUUUCAAUGAUGAACAUUUUGAGGAGGUUGAAAAAGACCAGAAUCAGGAAAAUGGUGAUGCAGCCAGUCAGGAUGAUGGAGAUUCAGACUCUGAUGAUAGUGAUGAUAUCAAAGUUACUAUUGGAGAGAUUAAAUCUGGUCCACAAGCCUAUGCCAGUCUAAAUAUAAAGAGAGGUGUUGGCCUAGUGGCAUCUGGCGCUGCUGAUAAGUCUCGAUUAGGGCCUACUGCAGGAGGGAAAGUUACUCUAGAGGAUUUAGAAGGGCCUGGAAGUAUCAAUGGAGUCCCGGCUCUUGAAUUUAAUAUUGAUACCAUUGAAGACAAACCAUGGAACAAGCCUGGGGCUGAUAUAUCAGACUACUUCAACUAUGGCUUCAAUGAAGUUACUUGGAGUGCCUACUGCGACAGACAGAGAAGAAUGCGCGUGAACGAGGCUGGUGUCGGGUUGCCAGUUGGACCUCCAAUGAGGGCUCCCAUGCCCGAUAUGAGAAGGCCACCAGCUCCCAUGAGGCAUGACGACCAACAGCAAGGAAUGCAAAAUAAUUACCAGGCCAGAGAAAAUACUAUACAGGUGAUGACAGCGGAGCGGCGCGAGUACGGGCGGCCGGGACACAUGAGGGACGGGCCGCCGGAGUACUUCCCGCCGCACGCCGACUACUACCAGCCGCCGCAUGUGCCCUACCAGGAGCCCUCCUGGGGCCCUCCCGAGCAGAGCGGCUGGGCGCCCACGGAGAUCAAGGAGCUGACUCCAGGUCCCAUGGGGCCGCCUCCCAUGGGCCCGCCCAUGGGCAUGCCGCCCAUGAUGGGCCCGCCCCACAUGGGCGCACCUCCCACCGGCCCCCCGCCCUUCCCCUACCGGCACGCGCCGCCGCCGCACGACCGCGACAGGGACCGCGAGCGGGACAGAGACCGGCUGCGGGAGAGGGACGAGAGGGACCGCCGGGAGCGGGACAGGAGGGACGAGGAGGAGCGGGAACGAGAUCGGGAGAGAGAUAGAGACCGGGAGAGGUCGCGCUCGAUAAAGCCGGAUCGAUCACGUGAGAAAUCGUACCGGCGCGACAGAUCGCGGUCGCGGUCACGACGCCACAAGUCAAGGUCACGGUCGCCGCGUCCGCGCGAACGGUCGCGCGACCGUGAACGUAGUGCUAAGCCCAAGUCUAAGGAACCGAAGGAAAAAGAUGAAUAGAUUAUUACUGAAUAAGAUGUUCAUAUACUUACAAUUCAUUUUGAAUAAAAAUAAUAUUAUAAGAG